UUAUAAUGGGAAAUCAGGCCCUGGCCAACUCUUCAUCUCGCGGCUGUCUGACUUCCUCCCAGCACAUUCCUGCACUCUGCUGCGUCCACACUGCCCCACAGACCCAGUCCUCCAAGCCUGCUGCCAGCUCCCUGCAAGCCCCUCAGGUUGGGCCUUGCCACGGUGCCAGCAGGCAGCCCUGGGCUGGGGGUAGGGGACUCCCUACAGGCACGCAGCCCUGAGACCUCAGAGGGCCACCCCUUGAGGGUGGCCAGGCCCCCAGUGGCCAACCUGAGUGCUGCCUCUGCCACCAGCCCUGCUGGCCCCUGGUUCCGCUGGCCCCCCAGAUGCCUGGCUGAGACACGCCAGUGGCCUCAGCUGCCCACACCUCUUCCCGGCCCCUGAAGUUGGCACUGCAGCAGACAGCUCCCUGGGCACCAGGCAGCUAACAGACACAGCCGCCAGCCCAAACAGCAGCGGCAUGGGCAGCGCCAGCCCGGGUCUGAGCAGCGUGUCCCCCAGCCACCUCCUGCUGCCCCCCGACACGGUGUCGCGGACAGGCGUGGAGAAGGCGGCAGCGGGGGCAGUGGGUCUCGAGAGACGAGACUGGAGUCCCAGUCCACCCGCCACGCCCGAGCAGGGCCUGUCCGCCUUCUACCUCUCCUACUUUGACAUGCUGUACCCUGAGGACAGCAGCUGGGCAGCCAAGGCCCCUGGGGCCAGCAGUCGGGAGGAGCCACCUGAGGAGCCUGAGCAGUGCCCGGUCAUUGACAGCCAAGCCCCAGGGGGCAGCCUGGACUUGGUGCCCGGCGGGCUGACCUUGGAGGAGCACUCGCUGGAGCAGGUGCAGUCCAUGGUGGUGGGCGAAGUGCUCAAGGACAUCGAGACGGCCUGCAAGCUGCUCAACAUCACCGCAGAUCCCAUGGACUGGAGCCCCAGCAAUGUGCAGAAGUGGCUCCUGUGGACAGAGCACCAAUACCGGCUGCCCCCCGUGGGCAAGGCCUUCCAGGAGCUGGCAGGCAAGGAGCUGUGCGCCAUGUCGGAGGAGCAGUUCCGCCAGCGCUCGCCCCUGGGUGGGGAUGUGCUGCACGCCCACCUGGACAUCUGGAAGUCAGCGGCCUGGAUGAAAGAGCGGACUUCACCUGGGGCGAUUCACUACUGUGCCUCUACCAGUGAGGAGAGCUGGACCGACAGCGAGGUGGACUCAUCAUGCUCCGGGCAGCCCAUCCACCUGUGGCAGUUCCUCAAGGAGUUGCUACUCAAGCCCCACAGCUAUGGCCGCUUCAUUAGGUGGCUCAACAAGGAGAAGGGCAUCUUCAAAAUUGAGGACUCAGCCCAGGUGGCCCGGCUGUGGGGCAUCCGCAAGAACCGUCCCGCCAUGAACUACGACAAGCUGAGCCGCUCCAUCCGCCAGUAUUACAAGAAGGGCAUCAUCCGGAAGCCAGACAUCUCCCAGCGCCUCGUCUACCAGUUCGUGCACCCCAUCUGAGUGCCUGGCCCAGGGCCUGAAACCCGCCCUCAGGGGCCUCUCUCCUGCCUGCCCUGCCUCAGCCAGGCCCUGAGCUGGGGGAAAACGGGCAGUCUGCUCUGCUGCUUUGACCUUCCAGAGCCCAAGGUCAGGGAGGGGCAACCAACUGCUCCCCAGGGGGAUAUGGGUCCUCUGGGGCCUUCGGGACCCUGGGGCAGGGGUGCUUCCUCCUCAGGCCCAGCUGCUCCCCUGGAGGACAGAGGGAGACAGGGCUGCUCCCCAACACCUGCCUCUGACCCCAGCAUUUCCAGAGCAGAGCCUACAGAAGGGCAGUGACUCGACAAAGGCCACAGGCAGUCCAGGCCUCUCUCUGCUCCGUCCCCCUGCCUCCCAUUCUGCACCACACCUGGCAUGGUGCAGGGAGACAUCUGCACCCCUGAGUUGGGGAGCCAGGAGUGCCCCCGGGAAUGGAUAAUAAAGAUACUAGAGAACUGA